UUCAUGGGUUAUACAACCGGACAUGGGUUUGCAAGGCUCGUUGCUGCAACGUCAAUUGCUUGGAGAAUAUUCUGGGUCGUUGCUGUUUUGGGCGCAUUUGGAAUGUUCGUCUUCGAAGUAUCGGAACUGUUUAAAUUGUUUCUGUCACGACCUGUACAGACAUCUGUAACAGUUACAUUUGAGAAGCAACUGAAAUUUCCUGCCGUCACGAUUUGUAAUUUGAACCUGAUAAAGGCGAGCCAGAUGAAUAAGCUGCCCGAUGAGUUGGUAGAAAAGUUCGCUUACGACUAUUUAUACAGUGGGGCCGCUGUCAACGGAACCUCGAGGGGAAAUUUCUCAAGCAAUUCAACCCAGCUGCCUGGAGGCUUCGCUGGUCCUGGAAUUGUUAACGCUGGUAAAAGUGGGACUCUUAAUAGCAGCAUACAACCGACUGUAGUGGUUAAUGUUACCUCACCAAUGCAACCAAUUGUAAAUGUUACCAACGUUAGCGCUACUCAGAGUCCAAUUACCAGCCAACCGACUGAAGUUAAUAGUGCUAGUGCUACCCAACAACCGAGUGCAGCUAUGAGUUCUACUGUUAGUCGUAAACGAAGGAAAAAGCGGGAAGUACAUACACCAUCUUCUAGCGGGGAAAAUAAAGAUCCCAAAAAUGAAUAUUCUGAUAGCACAACAGCCUAUGGAGAUGCUUGGAAUUACGAUUAUACGGACACCUCCUAUAGCGACAUUGCAGAUGAAUACCCAGACGAUAGUGAUUUAAGCCCCGAAGCUAAACUGAGAUUGAAGAUCGAGUCAUAUAUCGGAGCAGAGGAUCCAAAGACUCUAUUUUCGCUUGGACAUUAUGACGCUGAUUUAAUAAAAGGCUGUACGUGGAAGGGUGUCGACUGUGCAACAACAGGAAAUCUAAGCAAGUUUUGGACAUCAAGUUGGAAUUAUAGAUACGGAAACUGCUACACUUUUAACAAUGGCGUAGAUCAAAAAGAUAACCCAACUCGGGUUUUAAAAUCAUCUAAACCGGGACCAUCUCAAGGGCUAGUGCUUGAACUUGACAUCGAAGAGAAUGAAUACAUUGGUGAACUAUCGCAUGAGGCAGGUGUGCGGGUUGUGUUGCAUGAACAAGGAGUUAUGCAUUUUCCUUUUGAAGAAGGAUUUAGUGUCGCCCCAGGUAUGGCGACCUCGGUUGGCCUAUCAAGAACAAUGAUGAAAAGAUUGGACAGGUUCAGCGAUGGAAGCUGUUUGGAUGAAAGUGUUCCACUAUCUCAAGACAACUUGUACAGAAAAAACAAAAAUGUUACACGCUACUCUUUGCAGGCAUGUCUGAAUUCUUGUUUGGGAGAAAGUCAACUGGCCAUGUGUAAAUGCGCAGAAGCCGCCUAUCCAACAGACAAACCAUGCGACCUUUUCAUGAAGUCAAAUAGGCAGUGUUUGCAGAGAGUGAAGUAUCUUUUCAGCAAAGAUCAAUUACCAUGCAUCCAGAGAUGCAAGCGACCAUGCAGCAGCGUGCUGUUGCUGAACAUAUUCUACAGUCAGUUGAAUUACCAAGUCAUUGAAGAAACGUUUUCGUACGGAACAACAAAUCUUCUAGCUGACAUAGGAGGUCAACUUGGUUUGUGGAUUGGCAUCUCAGCUCUGACUUGUGGUGAAAUAUUGGAGUUGAUAUUUCAGAUUAUUACUUUCGCUUACAUGAAGUGCAAAAAUCGCAGAGAAAAUCGUGUGAUUAAAAUAGGAGAUACCGCGGAAUGA